UAUUGUACUGCAGCAAUCGCCAUUUGUCUCACUUUUCUCGAGGAAGCUCUCGAGUAACCAACCCAACCCCGUGUUCCGGCCUCUUGCAUCUCCUCCACUCUUAGCUAGCUAGACCAUAACCAACCAACUACAGUACUCACAAUACAAUGGAAGAAACGAAACUGUUGGCCCUUCACGCGUCUCUGUCGAGUCUUCGCAAGUCGGCAGGUUUGGGCGUGUCGUCUCAGUAUUCGUGGCAAAAAAAAAACAGUAGCGAAGAGAGCAAUGGCGUGUUUCAGACAACGGACAAUGGCAAACAGAUUCGUACGGAUGGAUUACCGGUGAAUCCAUUGUACAACAACUUUGUCAAGGAAGGCAGUUACAUACCCGGAAAGAGUGGUGGCGACGGAGAUGGCCGUGCGAUCAAACGAGAUUUUUCCGAUUGUCACAUGGUCUCGUCGGAAGAUGACGAAAAUGAAGCCAAGCUCGAUAAAAAGGCCGCCAAGAAAGCGGCCAAGAAAGCUGCCAAGUUGGAAGCCAAACGUCAGGCCAAGUUGGAAGAAAAGAAACGCUUGAAGAAAGAAGCCAAGGAAAAGCGAAAACGGGAGGAACAACAAAUCACAACCGAAGAAGAACCAGCCAAGAAAAAGUCCAAAAAACUAAAGGAAGAAUCGUCCAAACCGAAGAAGGAAAAGAAAAAGGACAAGAAGAAAAAAUCCAAAAAGGAAAAGAGAUGA